UGUCUUUAAUUUUCAUAAAUGUCAGGAUAGUAAUUAGAAAGUUUUCCAUUAAACAUGUUUUCCAGUUGUAUGUCAUUAAGAGGAAAUACAUCUUUGAUUUUACCGAUUGGAUUUGGAUAUCUACCAGAAAAAGUUCUAUUGAACAUAUUCCAAUAUUUCGAUGAAACUGAACUGAGAACAACGAUCAUUCCGGUAUGUCAACAAUGGAGAACGGUCGCGGAACAUCCAAGUCUUUGGAAUACGUUAAAAUUUCAAGGAAUAUCGAUAAGUACUUCGGUUAUUUGUCUCAAAAUAAGGCAAUUCAAUACAGCGGAAACCAUAAUUAUUAAGGAAAUUAAAGAGCCGUUGAUAGUUUUGAGACAGAUCUGUCGGUACGCUCAAAACUUGGUGAGAAUUAGUUUACGACACUGUCAUGAGGUAGUCGAAGAUUCACUCAGACAUCUAAUUGUGUCUUGCAAGGUGUUAAAGGAAUUGGAUUUGAAAGGAACAAAAUUCAAAUCUCUAAUAUUCUGUGUUGAACUGGCAUUUUGCCAAUCGUUGUCUUCAGUCAAUUUCAGUGAUAAUCCAUACCUAACGAUAUCCCAUAUCACUUCAAUAAUCAUGAAUUGCAGAAAAUUGAAUGGUUUCCAUAUUUCAACGUUCAAACCGAUUAAUAGAAUAUACUUGAUAGAUGCCGAUAUUUAUUUUCUAACCAGCCACACUGCGAAUUCUCUGCAAUAUUUAUCUUUAGAUUGCUCUAAUUUGGGAAAUGGAAGUUUUUCAUCUAUCUUGCAAUGCAAAAACUUGCAGUACUUGUGCUUGAAUUUCGCCUAUAAUUUCGAAGGAUGUGAUUUCCAAAGCUUAUGGAAAACUUUGAGAAAACUCAAAACUUUGAAGGUAAGAUUUGGUCACCAAAUUAGUGAUGUUAAUAUUAAGAAUCUUUUCGAACAAGGAAAAGAUUCGCUUGAAAAAUUAGAAGUGAUAGAUUUUACGGGAUGUUCCAAAAUUAGUAACUUUGGAAUAAAAGCGAUCGCUAAAAGUUGUAGUAAUUUAAAACAACUCAUACUUAGAAACUGCAAAAAUAUAUUUUCGAUAGAUGAUAUAUUGAAAAAAUGCUCUAAUUUGGAAAUGCUCAAUAUCGCAUUCUGCACUAAUCUUAAUGUUUAUACAAUCUUUGAACUGAAAACUCUUCGAAUACUAUUUAUAAGCGAUGAAAAAAAAUUAAAGUAUUUUGUCGAUUGUCUCAAGAAUAAAAAUAAAAAUUUAAAAUUGAAAAUAUGUGAUUCAGAAUUCAAUAAAAGUUUUCGGAAUAUAUAAAA